GUAUAACACGACGUCUUUCAUUGGCGGAGAGGGCUUUCUACUCUAGUUUCGCAAGGCAAGAUGGCGGCCGGUACUGGACGUUUGGUAGGACGGUUGGCACUUGUUACAGGUGGAGGCAGUGGCAUUGGGAGAGCAGUCUGUCAGGCAUUGGCAGCCCAGGGGUCAAAGGUGGCAGUGGUGGACAUCAAUGAAGCACCAGCCAAUGAGACGCUCCAGUCCCUGUCAUGUGACCAAGGCUUACAACAUCACAGUUUUGGCUGUGAUGUGUCCUCUACCCAGUCUGUCAGUCGACUACUGACUGAUGUUACCCAGAAGUUUUCCUGUGCUCCUUGUAUCACUGUGAACUGUGCUGGAAUCACCAAGGAUGAGUUCCUCUUGAAAAUGGACAACAGAAUGUUUGAUCAAGUUAUCAAAGUCAAUCUCAAGGGCACAUUUCUGAUAACCCAGGCAGUAGGCAGGGCUAUGGUAGAGGGCAAAAUCCAAAAUGGUUCCAUCAUCAACAUGGCCAGUAUUGUUGGCAAGGUUGGAAAUCUUGGUCAAUGCAACUAUGCUGCCUCUAAAGCUGGAGUGGAGGGGCUCACCAGGACAAGUGCCAAGGAACUAGCCAAGUUUGGAAUCAGGUGUAAUGCCGUUCUGCCUGGAUUUAUUGAAACACCAAUGACUGAUGCUGUGCCACAGAAAGUUCUGGACAAGUUUAGAGAUGUUAUACCAAUGGGCAGGCUUGGCAAACCGUCAGAUAUAGCAGAUGUUUGUGUAUUCCUGGCUUCUGAAGAGAGCAGUUAUAUAACAGGAGCAAGUAUUGAAGUAACAGGUGGCCUGAACAUAUAACAACCUGCUAUGAGGACUAUGCAGACAGCUCAGGGAUCAAUUUAGAGUCAUUUCUAUCUUAAAAAAACUGUUUGGUUUUCAACCAGUUUUGUACAAAAUUUGAUAGACAAAGGUUUCAUCUUGUAAGAUUAAUGUAAGUGGGAUGGAAGGGAAGAAUACUUUAAGGAAAAAAAAUGAGCGUAAUUGUGAGGAAUUAAAAAUUUUAAGCUACAUAAAAUCCUGGUUGCUUUGGUCAAAUGAUGACCUUGAUUUCAUAUUCAUAAAAAUCUAUUGAGAGUGCCUCUCCAUUCUUGAUAAUAACUCAAGAUUUUGCUACCAUUAUGACUACCAUAUAUAUAUAUAUGCAUACACAGGCUUAUAUAAGAGUCACUCUUAUAUAAGGUUGACCCAUAUAAUACUUAUGUAAGUCAAGAUUACAUAUCUCAAGAUAUUAAUAGCCAUACUUUAUUGUACAGUUCUUUGCAAACCAGUUAUACAGUAAAGCAACUUUAUGUACAAAACAACAAACUCAAAAUGAGUGUGGAACUGAAAAUAAUUGGAACUACAGGAGUAAAAUAUAAGGCAAAUAAACUUGUGA